AUGACAAAUGAUUCUUGUGUUAUACUUAAAGACAUACCCACCAUAACGAUAACUAAUUCUGAUAAUAAACCCCCGUUAUGGAAAGUGACCAUAGGUAAUAAUUAUAAGGUAACCAAUCUGGCAAAUGUAUCCUCGUUAUUAUGGCACGAACUUCGCGCGACGAGAAUUCAUUCUAAUUUGAAUUGGGUGGGAUUCUACAUUACGGAUCCGACUAACAAGAAUUCUAAUUCGUUGCUCCUAGGACCCUUUCAAGGAAAGAUUGCAUGCACAUCUAUAGCAUUCGGUAGAGGUGUAUGUGGAACAGCAGCGCUUCAAAAAAAGACGCUAGUUGUUCCUAAUGUGCACUUGUUUCCUGGACAUAUCGCAUGUGAUUCUAAUUCGAAUUCGGAAAUAGUGGUCCCACUUCUUUUAAAAGGAUCUAAUGAUAAAGUUAUUGGAGUUUUGGAUCUUGAUUGCGAAGAUAUUGAAGCGUUUGAUGAAUCAGAUGUAGCUGGAUUGGAAGCUAUUGCUACUAGAACAAAUAAAGAUACCACAGAAACACCGGUGAUAGUAAAAAUAUUCAGAUUAGCAAAUGAAGAAACAUUGGUGAUAGAAAUUGGCUCAACUAGAGAUUUGAAGAU